AUGUCGCAGUCCUUUCCAGGACUGUCCCUGAUAUGUGGAGACAAGGACGUAUCAGCAUCAUCCCAGACUGAGUCUGCACCAACAAUAGUGUCGUCUGGAAUCAUACCCCAAACCACACUGACGUUUCACCAGGCAGCUGACAUCAAAGGACAGCAGUUUGGUGUGACGGGCUGGUGGUCAAUGCGGUGGACAGACACUCGCCUGUCCUGGGACAAAAGCAACUACACCGGCAUCCCUGUAUUGCAGCUGGAUGACGACAAGCUAUGGACCCCCACUUUGGUAGUGGACAACUCCGUUAAUGACCUGUCGGCCAUUGACGAGGAUACCAUCCCAGUGCGUGUUAAUGACAAGGGCGUUGUGACGUGGAACCCACCGGGCCUGCUCCUGGUCACCUGUGAAAUGGACAUCACUUACUUCCCCUUUGAGGUGGGUGGCUUCUGUGAGUUGCAUGUGGAGUGCACACCGAAAAACGUCUUUCUGUUGAAAAUCGUACUCUGGCAUUGCUAUCGUAGUAGUUUUUCUUGUCGGCUUCGAUUAUCCUUCGUCUGAAAGCUACAGCAGUGAUAGCAACAUCAACAAUUACAGAAGAAGAAGAAGAAGAAGAAGAA